AUCUUUUGCAAGAUUUGUGAGUGUGGUGAGUUGAGAGAUCCUCGUCAGAACUCCUUGUAAAUUUCAUGUAAAGUCCACCUUGCAUUUGAAAAUUGUGCAUGCAUAUCUCGCCGUGUUGAUCAACUAAGCAUCUUAAUGCAUUUGAAUUCUAGCUGUGUAUUGUUACAGAAGUUUUGUUUGGCUUAGCAACGAUUUUAUCUGUCAUUUUUAACAAAAUUUUUAUAAACAAUAUUAACGAACGAUAAAAAAAAUCAAUUGGUGCAAAACAUAUAAAACUAAUAAUAAAAUAAAAUAAAAUAAAAUCGAAGUGCUUAUCUGAGGUGUGUUGAAAAGGUGACAAUAAUGUUGGGUUUGUUGGUGUCAAGUUGCGGACGAAGAAGUCAAUUUCUACAACUGCCCAGAUAUCAUGUACAUACAAAAAUAAACACUGCCCGAGAUUUUAGUGCCAGGCUGAAAAGUAUUAAUAAAUUGGUACGAAAUUUGGAAACAAAAACACAUAGGAGCACACAGGGAACAAGCAAGAGUAAUGGCUUAUCAAGGCAUACACUAAUAUUUGGUGGAUUUGGAGUUUCCGUAGCGUUAUGUGGUCGCCAUUUUCUGUACAAACAUCAAGUGAGAUGCGAAGGCAAUCGCUUAUCAGGUGUCCUGCAAAAAACACUUAUGGAAGAUGAAAAUAAAUUUGAUUGGAAACGUUUUUUGUCGUAUCUAUGGAAAUUAGUAUGUGCGAUUGCUGAAGCUCUUCUGCGUUUCAAAACGGUAGCAAGUAAUGCAAGUACUUAUGCCAAGGAAACGUUACAAAAUGUCUCUAUUAAUGAUAUUAAGGAACCAGCAACUAUUUUACUCAGCUCAUAUUUGCUACCAUCAGGUGUCACCCUCACUUAUCUUUAUUUGCUCAGUCGCAUGGGAAACAAUCCGGUGAUGAUAAAGAUCGUUGAUAAAGUCUUUGAUGAUCUUAAUCUCCCAGUUUACAACGACCUCAAACGAACUCGCAGAAAUAAUUCGGGUGGGAGAGAAUCCGAUUAUUAUAAAACUUGUUGAUGAUCUCAAUCUUCCAGUUUACAACGACCUCAAACGACCGGCAGAAAUAAGUCACUAUAAUCGCAAAUCGUUGUAAGCAAUAUUUUAAUAAAUAUCUUUUAUUCUCAUUUUAAUAUAAAUCAAAUCUCAUAAAUAUAAA